AUGCCUUCACAACGACUGGCGCAAACCGCCCUCCUCACAGCUCGACACCUCACAUCACGAAACGCACCGUCAUGUAACCCUCUCGUGCGAGCAUUUUCGACAUCCCUGACCCAACGAGAAAUCAACAAAGUGGUCGGGUCCGCUUCCGAAGCCAUCGCCGAUAUGCAGUCCGACAGCACUGUCCUCUGCGGCGGCUUCGGUCUUUGCGGCGUGCCAGACACCCUGAUCAACGAGGUCAGCAAGAACACACACAUCACUGGCCUCACCGCCGUCUCAAACAACGCCGGUGUCCCCGGCAAUGGACUCGGCAAGCUGCUAGACACGAAACAGAUCAAGCGCAUGGUAGCUUCGUACGUGGGCGAGAACAAGGUCCUGGAACAGGCCUACCUGACCGGCGAAGUCGAGCUCGAGCUCACGCCCCAAGGCACCCUCGCUGAGCGCUGUGCGGCUGGUGGCAAGGGUAUCCCAGCAUUCUACACGCCCGCAGCCUUCGGCACUGUAGUGCAAACCGGCGAGAUUCCCCUGAAGCACAAGCCUGACGGCAGCAUCGCCGCAUACGGCAAGCCUCGGGACGUAAAGGUCUUCAAUGGGAAGUCAUAUGUCAUGGAGGAGGCCAUCCAGGGCGACUACGCCUUCGUCAAGGCAUACAAGGCCGACAAGUUGGGCAACGUGCAGUUCCGCCUGACCGCACAGAACUUCAACGGUGCCAUGGCGCGCAACGCGAAAGUUACGAUCGUGGAGGCCGAGCAUAUCGUCGAGCCAGGCGAGAUCGCGCCGGAAGCAGUCCACGUGCCGGGCAUCUAUGUCAAGAAGGUCAUUCAGUCGACUGCUGAGAAGGGGAUCGAGAAGUACACCAAUCGGCCUGCGGAGGGCGCCGAUGUCGACAAAGCCGCUCUUGGCAAGGGCGACACAGCCUCGAAGCGCGAACGCAUCGUACGGCGCGCGGCCAAGGAGUUCAAAAACGGCAUGUACGCCAACCUUGGCAUUGGUAUGCCCAUGCUGGCGCCUUCCUUCCUCGAUGGCUCUGUGUCUGUGACCCUACAGUCCGAGAACGGCAUCUUGGGUCUCGGUCCCUACCCACUGAAGGGCGAGGAGGAUGCAGACCUCAUCAACGCGGGUAAGGAAACCGUCACACUACUCCCCGGUGCGGCGACGUUCGGGUCGGAAGAAUCCUUCGGCAUGAUCCGUGCCGGAAGAAUUGAUCUCACUAUGCUGGGUGCGAUGCAAGUGAGUGCCAAGGGCGAUUUGGCGAACUGGAUGUUGCCAGGAAAAGUGAAGGGCUUUGGUGGCGCGAUGGAUCUAGUGAGCAACCCGGAGAAGACCAAGGUGGUGGCGCUGCUGGAGCAUACAGAUAAGAAAGGCGGUGCGAAGAUCUUGAAGCAGUGCGAUUUCCCGUUGACGGGGAAGCAGUGUGUGAGUCGGAUUAUUACCGAGCUGUGCGUGUUUGACGUUGACUUUACCGAUGGUCUGACAUUGAUCGAGCUUGCUGAUGGUGUGACUGUUGACGAGAUUAAGAGCAAGACAGAGGCGCCCUUCAAGGUCGCUGAGAACAUUAAGCCGAUGCUGUGA